AUGAGGUUACUUCUUUGGGCCUGCAUCAUGUGUGUCGCUUUUGCAAAAAGGAGACGUUAUCCCUUCAUUCAUAAGAAAUCGCCCCCGUCCACUGAAGAGGAUUACUUUGGAAAUCGCUACCCACUUAAUCCAUCUCUGAAUAUCCCGUUUGGCCUAUGGAAUGAUAAUUUGCCACCUUUUCUUUUGCCUCCUCUUAACACUCAACAAGGAAACACCAUCACCAAAUUCCCUGGAAGUUCUGAAUUUGAAAGAGGGUUAUUUCUAUAUCCUUGGAUUGCCACUCCUUCUAAACUUCGCUACGUAUACCAAAGUCUAAACUACCCAGCUGAUGCUCCACUGAAUGGCCCCCCAGUCGUUUCUCUUCCUCCUCCCAGACCCUUUCCUCCCAGGCCAUACCCCUUUGUCAUACCUCCAAAGAUUUCUGUCAUCUCAUCUGUUAGACCUGAGCCUGUAGCAGCUUCUGCUGUGCCUGCUGAAGGCGAGGGUCUGGUACCUGAGUUCCCUGUAGACAAACCUAUUUCAGGUCUGCCUCAAGCAAUCAAACUUGGAACACCCAUGCCACCCUCUGGACCCAAACCUCUUGUACCCGAACCUGCUCCAUCCCAGUUUGGUGUACCUGAGCCUGUCCCAGUCCAGUUUGGUGCACCUGAGCCUGCCCCCCACCAGUUAGAGGCUGCUGUCCCUGCUGCAUCCCGCCUCGUGGGACCUGAACCCGCUCUACCCAUGUCUGUGGGAGCACAGUCUCCACUAGCUGAAUCCCCUGCAGGCUUGUCUCCUGAAAACAAACCUACUUCAGGUGAGCCUGCUGUAGCACAGUCUCUGCCAGCCUUGCCCGCUGCAGGCCUGGCUGCUGAAGCCAAGCUUCCUACAGCAGAAUCUGCUGCAGGCGGAUCUCCUCCAGCUGAACUUAUGGCGAGCCAGUCUGUUGUGGGAAAACUUAUUACAGCUGAGCCUACUGAAGCAAAACCGCAGGGACUUGAGCCUGUUGAGGCCAAAUUUGCCAGCCAAGAAGCACAGCCUUUUUUUUUACCAGGUGUGCCGAUGAACAAACCAAAAGAAAUCUAA